AUGUUAAGUAGAUUACAAAAUCGUAGUAUUCAAAUUUUCACCAAGGCACAGUCUGUAACCAUCAAAUCCGCAUGUAAGUUGUUGUAUUAUGGUAAAGUUGGUAAAGAAUUGACGUUGCAAGUCUAUACUAAAGAAAAGUGGAUGCCUCCAAAUUUACAAACAUUUCAAAAAGCUUAUUAUGAUCUUUAUAGCAAUAUCUUACAUUUUAUAAACAAGCCAUGUGAUUUGGUUGCUACAUACAACAAGUUGAAUCCAAAUGACAUGAUCAAAUAUGGUGCAAUUGGUAUACAAUUAGUUGGCUUUUAUACAGUAGGCGAAAUUAUUGGUAGAAGAAAAUUGGUUGGUUAUAGAGAAUAUUAUCAUCCAGCUGAGCCAGUCACACACUAG